AUGUUUUCGUAUCUCCGACCCCACACCAGGCGUACGCCAUCCACUCCAUCGUCGCCCGCCGAACAUUCACAGUCGUUCGAACCACCGAUUCACCCAACGGACCACGGGCAUCCCCAACGAUGGCAAGAAUCAAUCUCCCCAGAGCCUGUCGGCGUCGCACCACCGCUUCCGUACACGUCGAGUAAUAUGACCAGAAUCGCUUCUGGGGGGAGAGAAACUGUUUCCGUAGCACUGGAUACUUCAAGACAAAAGACAAUGGAGAAGGAGUUCAGGACACACGUUUGGGAGAGCUCAAGGCCGAAUUCAUCAUCGCGAGACGUUCACGCAUACAAUAAUAGUCAGAGAAUCGCACCUGGCACUUAUCAGCAACCUGAGCCAUCGGGGAGACCUGCUACCGCUAAUUACAUGAGUUCGCAACAGAAUAAGCCCCCACCAUCUUUCCAUGGCGAUGGCGGAUAUCAGCAAGGAAGACAGGAGCAGAGUCACAACACCAUGAUGUCGUCGGGGUUCCAAAAUAAUGGGAUGCCUACUGGGAGACGGCCCACUGGGGCAAGGCUGCCGUCACCUUCACCGAGUAAUGUUUCGACUUUCGAGCCAACUCCUUCAAGGUCAGGAAAAGCGAGACUCAAUUUACUCAAUCCUAUGUCGCUUCUAGCGCGCAGGCGAACCUCGCAUGCAAUACCACCAUUGGCUCCCGAAGCCCUUAUAUCCAACAAGAGUAAACAACCCGAAAGCCUUGACUUCCGAAUACGGGGAACAGUGGUCCAUGAUUUCAGUGCCCCAAGACCUCGUAGAAAUAUGUCAUAUGGCGAAUCCAGACCCGAAGAGCAUUCGGGGAAUACCAGAUCAUAUCAGCGCAGUCCUAUGCCGGAUUCAAAUGGGGCUGACGAGAGUUCAAGUGCGAGGUGGAGUGGAGGAAACCAUACGCCAGUCUUUACCGAGAAUUUUGAAGAAGAGCAAUAUCCAGCCGCCGGACCACAUGUGAGAAAAGCAGAUGAUAUCACAGACCUGCCAUUACCAAGACCUCCAUACGCAAAGGGGAUUCAGAGACCUGUUGAUGUAAAUGCAGCGACUCAAAGUGGUGUUGACUCUACGACAGACCGAACUUCUGUUGUAGCCAACACGAAUUCAAUACCUGCACCUGAUCGUCCGCCUCCUGUUCCACCCAAAAUGGGCGAACAAGCAUAUCCACAGAACAAACGCAUAUCAAUAGACGCCCCAAUGCCACUGCCGAAAUCAAGUGUUUCUUCAUAUAAAGGUCGACCACGAAAAGUUUCAGAGGUAUCUAUCAAGUCGAUUAAAGAUGCUGCCAUUCCAAAGCAUAUGAAGAGCACUUCUUCACGUUUUAGUUUCGACAUGAUAGGUGCUGCUGAGCAGGAAAGGUUGUUGGAAGACAGACAUCGGCAAAGAGCCUUGGAGAAGCAGAAUGAAAGGGGGAACGACGAUGACAAUUAUGGAGGGUUCGAUGAUGAGUACGAUUACGACGGCAUGGAUGACGAUGAUGGGUUAGAAGAGAGGAUUCCUGGGGUGAAUGCCGACUACGACGAUGAGGAUGAUGCAGAAGACUUUCCUGCCGAGGAAGAAGUCCCACUCGUAGGAGUGGAUGAGGAGAAGGAAGAUUUUCCUGCCGAAGAAGAAGUUCCGCUUGUAGGAGAUGAUGGUAUUGGAGAUUACCCGGUGGAAGAAGAGGUACCAAUUGUCGGGGAGGACGAUUCAAAAGAAACCCCGACCGACACGGUGGAAAACCUCGGUGGGUUUACUUUUCAGCAAUCAUGGCAUACACCUCUUAGUCCGUCAUCGCCUGGCAUGCCAGACACGCCACGAGACGGAAAUGGCGAAGUUAUCGGGUUCGCAAUGACCAGGAACUCGCCAUAUGUCCCGUCCGCUCCGACCCCUAUUUCAGCUAUAUCGACUUCCUCGGGAGUCGUCGAGCAACAUCCACCAUCAAAAAUUCUCGAGCCUCAAGGGCUUGGCUUAGAAGGUAUUGCGACCGAAGCUCCUCGACAUCCAGUAAUUGAAGACAUACUAGACGAAAGGUAUUCUGCUAAUGACAUUUCGCCGUCUUCCCCCUUUUAUAAAGAUGGCGAUGACGACCUUUACUUUGAUGAUGGGAUCAUUACUGGACUAGGUAAUGACGAAGAGAUUCCAGAAUUCGAUGAAUCUGUUUUCGACAAAUUGGACACCGACCAAUACGGGAGACCUUUGAAACCAUUUUCACCAGAAACUACUUUAUAUUCACCUCCCACAGUGUCACCCAGCCGGACGACUUCACAUUUGGGCAGACAACCCCAGGAAGACGAUAACAGCAUAGCUAAAGCCCUGUACCCGUGCUACUCAUUGCAAAAUAAUGUUUCUGCACCCCAAGGGACCAUCCGACGCUUACCUGCUCAGUUAGCAGAAGAAGAACCUUCUCAAGGAUUGACACAAGACAGUCUGGAGGCAUACCAAUCGGCUCUGGCGGCAGCUGCUUUUAAGGCUGUGGCAAAUGGCAAGUUUCGACGUGAGAGCACUCCGAGUCAUCCUGUACAAUCUGAUUUAGAAGACACCCAGCCUGGACUUAUGACAGAUUCUAACCAGACCUCGCACUAUGAACCCUUUUCACCAAAUUAUGAGCUAGAGGAUGAUUUCGAUUACGAUGAUGCUCUCGAGGAUGAUGACAUUAUUGCCGCGGCCAACGCGGAAGCGCUAGCAUAUGAUGCUGAUGGGUUUUACGGACAGGAAUUCGGUUUCUAUUCAGCACCCGCCGCAUCUGAAGGAGAAUAUGUCAAUGGAGGUUAUUUUGGACCUCGAGGUGGCGAUGGCCUGAACCGCGCGCAGAGUGGCAGAAUCGUGGUUCGUGAGCCGAACUUGACGCCCAUCACAGAGCGGAGCGAAUAUUCUAAUCGCAACUCUUUCAUGUCGCUACUAAUGUCCCCUUCAUUACAUGGUUCGGGACCGGUCAGCAGCCCAGGUUUGGCGCAGCUUGCAGGAAUGAUGAGCGCUCAGGAUUACGAGGGUGGUGAUAUGAGUUUGAAUGCGUUGCUAAAGCUGAGAAGAGGAGCUUGGGGUGGGAGUCAAGCCAGUCUUCAUAGUAGCACUGGUAGCCCUAAAAGUGCGGGCGGACCAGAUGAUAUCAAUCCCGCUUCCCACCCUCCGUGGACGCAAGCAGGCUCAUCUAGCUCAACGGCAUAUGCUAGUCAAGGCCAUCGUCGGAAGAAUAGCGCGAUAAGUGCCAUCAGCGAGGCUACAAGUGGCAAUGAUCAACUAAACCCGAACGAUUCGGUACCAGGCAGUCCAACCUUGACAAUGAAUACUGCCGGUUUCAACAAUGCGCGAAAAGACCCCGAGUAUGAGAGCGACGAUAAGGAAAACGAACCAUUAUCUUUCGGGCGACACAAACAUUCAGCUAGUGCUGAGAGUAUCAGCUAUCUCAAAGAAGAAGAUCCUAUAGCUGGCCAGCGAUGGAUCUUGGAAAGACGCAGGACCGCUGAGAGCGGCGAGGUGGAAGUCCUCGGUCGGGAAGUGGUACAGGGCGGGAGGAUAUAA